AUGUCGACAAUCGCCUCCCCCCGCGACCCCCCAGCUUUCCGCCGCACGCCCUCCUCCCAAGCAAUCAUAACCCCAACCUCCUCGGCCCGCCCCAGCAUCGACCUCUCCUCGACGACAACCUCCCCCAACACCCAACAUGUCCCACAACCCCCCUCCUCACAGGUAACCUCCUCCAAACGCACCGCGCGCGCCGCGCUUCGAGAGUACUACAAUCUAAAGUCGGUAACAAACAAGCCUCUGCCCGCGACCCCGACAGUGGAGGUGACCCAGCCUUUGUCGCCGGCAGUGGGGUUUCAUUCGGAGCUGGACGCGCCGGGGUUUGAUCCUGCCGCAUAUGUGUCAAACCUCGUCUCUACCGCAUCCCUGGCAGAACUCCUAUCGGCGUAUACACGUGUAGCGUCGGAGAUGCGCGCGCUGGAUGCCGAACGCAAGGGGUUGGUAUAUGAUAAUUAUUCGAGGCUGAUUGGGGCGACGGAGAUGAUACGGAAGAUGAGGCGUGCUACUGAAGGCGAGGGGGAAGAAGGGGAUGAGGAAGGGUGGAAGAAGUUGCAAGAGGUUGUGGGCGAGGUGUAUAGCCUGGCUGAGAAAGUGAGGACGGAGGCUGGGUUGGGGAGGUCUGCUGGUGGUGACCAGACAGAAGAUGAAGAGCAGAAGAGGAGGAGGGAAAGGACGCGAGAGCUGGCGAGGGAGGUUGUGAGGGCUGUAGGUAGGGUGAAGAAGUUGGUUAGGGAAGGGAGGGUUGAGGAGGCUAAGAAGGAGUGGGAGAUGCCACGGAGGCUGUUGGUUAAGUGGAAGGAGAUGGGGGUUGGAGGAGAGGAUGUGGGAGGUUUGUUGGAGGAUGGGGAUGCUGCGCUUAGACAGGAGAAUGGGGAGAAUCGGGAAAAGGAGGGUCAGUCUACGAGCGAAACUGAGGAAAAGUCAGAGGAGACUCAGUCGGCGAAGGGCGGUCAAAGGUGA